AGCUGUCGGCCUGUUUCGUGGCAGCGGUGCAUCAUGGGAUACAAAAUGUCUCCGAAGAGCGCUGGCUAAUGCCAAAUUACGAGACAUAACUGCCAAUAAAUAUAUAUAUUACCCCUUUUUCAGCGCUUGUAGUGUCAGUAUAUAUAUAUAUAUCUGAUAUAUUAACUGUAUUCUGCUGUCGCCAUGUCAACGAAAGCGGAGUCCAGAGUGUCCAGCACCAGCUCCAGAACAGAUGAAAGGAGGAGAUCAAGUAGCAGAGGACGAGAAAAACGGAAGCGGAAACGCAGCCGUAGUAGAUCUUCCUCAUCGUCCUCUUCCAGUUCAUCGUCCUCAUCUUCGUCAUCCUCGUCGUCCUCUUCUUCAUCAGGUUCAUCACACUCAUCCAGCCGCAGUGGGAGUAGCUCUAGCAGUAGCGACUCCCGCAGUAAAUCCAGAAAGCAGUCUAAGAAAAGGAAAAAGGAGAAACAACACAAAAAAAAAGGGAAGAAAGAGAAGCGACAUAAACGUAAAAAAGACAAGAAAGCAAAAGGAGCAGAAGAAAACUCAGGACCUGUACAGAUCUCCAAGUACUUGAAGGAGAGGAAAAAGGGCAAGUACAGUAUGAUUUCAGGGAAGAAGAUAAAGAUGAAAGUAAAGAAGUCAAAGAAAGACAAACAGCGGGAUAAAAAUCGAGCAGAACUUCUUGAGUUCUUGAACUCUACCCUGUGAUGCCAUUGCGGACGCUAGUAGUGGUGCUCGGGCUCGGACACAUCAGCAGAACUCAGGAAACAACAACUCAGCUUUCCAGGAGAACAAAAAUGAAGGGUUUUCUGAGAACGAGAUGAUGAAUACAACUUGCAUCAACACAGCGGCAACACUGAGCUGAAUGGAGUGAAGGAGCUGUAUCUCAUGCAGUGAAGUGAGAUGCGUUCAGACCACUAGCUACAUUUUCACCAUGGUACUGCCCAGGUGGCCAGUUCUUCAGCUUAGGCUGAGAGCUUUUGUGAUAUGAGAAGUGUUUAUGUUGAGCAGUGUCUUUCAACAUAUCUGUGGCCAACUAGAUCAGAUGAAGGUAAUUAGACAGCAUCAGUCAGAGCAUUGAAUGUGGGCGAACUGCCAGCGAUCAGCUUCUCAACUUUGCUUGUGGUUUGAACAUGGCCGCCCCUUACAAAGAGUCCUUGACCGAUUGAGCAUUUUAUUCCUAUAACAUUGUUGGACCACAAUGGACAGUUUAAAAAAAGUAUUUAAAUCGAUGCAGCAGAACCAGAGAUAUCGUCUUUUUUGAUUCCAUGCAUUCUUCUUCCUUGUCAAAACCAGGCAGCCUACAUUACCCAUAAUGCAACUCGACUGCUGACAGUUUGGCCAGAGAUUCGGGUGUGUUAUGCUAGUAGCGGCUAAUGUAGCCUCGAGCCGCUAGCCUCAAGCAGAGAUGAGGAGCGAGCUACAGAGGUCUGGUAAGCUCACAUCUUUCUAACUCCACACCCCCGCGAUUUUUUUCAUUUUCAAACUUGUAGUCAUCAGCCCCAACCAACACUGACUUAAGUGACAUCACUUGAGGCAAUUUAUCAGAUUUCACGCAGCUCCCCCUGGAGUAACAAACACCUGUAUACAACUUCUUUCACAUAUGCAGUAGUACUCCCCAACACCUGUAAACAGGUAGAUAUGUUUUUACCUGCUGGCUGUGUCAAUCAUUCAUGUCAACCUUACUACAUUUAGGACUGCCCAUACUUUUUUUUUUUUUUUUUUUUUGUAGAUGCCUGACUGUCACGUUUCCACAGUAAAUGUUGGCCAUGGGAACCACAGUGUUAUCAGUGCGUACUGAUAUCAUAGUUUUUAAUGUGUACAUUUUGUUUAAAAUAAUAUGAGAAUCGACUCGUCAUAUGAUGAUAACCGUAUGUCUUAUUCAUAACAUUCAUUCCCCCAAAAUCUUUCAUGAAUAUUGUUUCAACAUCAGUCAUUUUAUUAAAUUGAAAUAUAAAAUACAAUCACUGUUCGUCCCCCUGUAUCAAUCCAGUUUAAAGCUUUAUAUGGAUGAUGGAGUAAACCUGUUGUGUACUGUUGAAUUUUGCUGUGUAACAAACAGAAAAGAAACGGCAAUAAACUGCUGGAAAGAUUUUACUUUGAAAUGUUUCACUCAGAAA